AUGUCAGUGCCAAUAGUUGAAACCUCAUUACAUUAUUUUGUUAUAUAUUGUUCCAAAUUGGGUCAAAAAGAGGGUACAGAACAUGAAAAGAUAUUAUUUUUCUAUCCACCAACAAUUAAUAUUGGUGAACAAACUAAUUCAGUUGGUAUUUCCGAAGCAUAUGUUUUAUUUACAAAACAAUUUUCACCAGGUCAACCAUGUGAAUUUAUACAUACAAAGAAGAGUACAUUAGCAUUAUUACAUCCAGAGGAGGAUAUAUGGAUGGUAUUAUCAGUUUAUAAUCCAACAGGUAUAACAGGUAAAGAUAAUAAGAGAGAGUAUAUAGAGGAUGAGGUUGAUGAUAUAAUAUUGAUGAAAACUAUACAACAAAUCUAUCAGACUUGGCAAACAUUCAAUGGUAGUAUCAUGUCAUUAGCAUCGAAAACAUCUUAUGACAAUGUUAGAAAACGAUUAGAAUCAUUCGUUAAACCAUACAUACAACAAAUUCAAUUCGAUCAAUUAGAUUUAUUCACUUCAUUAGAUGGUAUUAAAUUCUUACCAUUAAAUAAGAAUGUUUAUUUAACAAUAUUUGGUUAUAUCAAUUCUGUGGAUUUACAUUUUCAAUCGACUCUAUCUUCAUUUCGUUUUGGGUUAGUCUUGUAUAAAGAUAAUUUAAUUCUAUCAUCUUUAGAACAAAAUGAAACUAGAAUACUCUAUAACUAUCUCAUCAAUAUGGUUAAAGUUGGUCCUGAUAUUAAUUCUUCAAAUUCAAUGAUCGUUAAAAAUAAUUCAAAUAAUAUACCAAUUUGGCAAACUAAAGGUGUAAGAACAGGGUUUAUGAUACAAAAAGAUUCAUUACCAAUGGUAUGGUUAGGUGGUAAACCACAAGCAAUGAUUGUAUAUGAACAAAAGGAUACAUUUUUAUUAUUCUUAAUUGAUCCAUCUGAUUUACCUCAAUUACCAUUUGAAGAUUUAUCAGCUUCAUUGGUUCAAAAUUUCGAAUUUGUAAAUCUAACUUUAGAACAACAUUAUGCAAAAAAAGCAAAUUUUGAUGAACAAUAUAAAUAUAUUUAUUUUAAUCAAAUGAAUUUAGCAAUAAGAUCACCAAUUAAACCAAAAGGACCAGAAUUAAAUAAAGAAACAAUGAAAUUAUUAAAUGAAAUUCAUGCAGAUUUUGAGGGUGGUUUAUCAUCUGAAAUCAUCGUUAAAACUCAGCAAGAUAGAUGGAUAGUUGCAAAGAAAAUAGAUUUUAGAGAAUUCUAUAUAAUGUUUGAUAAUAAAAAUUCAAGUAUUUUAGAAAUUAAUGAGGAAGUCAAAAAUGCCACUACCAAAUUCUUUAAAUUUCUGUUCACUGAUUAA